AAAGGAGAGACACAGGCCUUGGUGUAGCUGGGAGAGAGAUGGAGGUUGAGAUCUACAAGAACCACACCUUAGAGUGGGAAAUCAGCAACUUCGUCAAGGUAUGGCUUUCAGUGAUUGUAUCUCUCUGCUACUGCUAUGUUUCAGCUAAGGUUGUCCCCAAAGGUCUACCUAGAUUCUUUACAUUCAUCCCUCUGCUCUCUCUCUUUCUAGUUCUUCCUCUUAAUCUCCACUCUAUGCACCUUGGAGGCACAAGUGCUUUCUUCAUAUCUUGGCUUGCCACUUUCAAACUCCUCUUGUUUGCCUUUCACAAAGGCCCUCUCUCAGACCCCUCUCUCUCUCUCCCCAAAUUUAUUGCAAUUGGUUGUUUCCCAAUCAAGAUCCAACAAAACCCACCUCCCAAUUCCAAAUCUACCCAAAACCCAUCUCAAAAUGGCCAUAAUAAAGAAAACCCAGCUCCCAAGUCCACCCAAAACCCAUCACAAAAUGGCCAUAGUAGAGAAAACCUACCUCCCAAAACCACCCAAAAAGGCCAGAAAUCGCUUUGGAAUUAUGCUAUAAAGGGUGUUCUUGUGGGUUUGUUUCUGCAAAUCUAUCAGUACAGUGACCACAUACAUCCAAAGAUCAUACUGAUCAUCUAUUGCUUCCACAUAUACUUCAUGUUGGAGAUCAUGCUAGCCAUGGUGGCAGCCCUGGCUCGAGCCAUGUUGGGUUUAGAGUUAGAACCACAGUUCAACGACCCGUACCUUUCCACAUCUCUGCAAGACUUCUGGGGACGAAGGUGGAACCUCAUGGUCACGCGUACUCUGCGCCCCACCGUAUACGAUCCGGUCCUCUACGUAGCAACGCGAAUUGUGGGCCGAAGAUGGGCCCCUUUGCCUGCAGUGCUCAGUACCUUCGUGGUGUCGGCCCUAAUGCACGAGCUCAUAUUCUAUUAUUUGGGCCGCUCGAGGCCCACGUGGGAGAUCACGUGGUUUUUCUUACUCCACGGGGUGUGUGUGAUGGUUGAGAUCGCGAUCAAGAAGGUGCUGACCGGCAGGUGCCAGUUCCCUCGGCUGAUCUCGACGCCGCUGACCGUUGCAUUUGUGAUGGUUACCGGCUUUUGGCUGUUUUUUCCACAGUUGUUGAGGUGCAAAGCUGACGUCAGAGCGUUUGAAGAAUACGCGCUGCUAGGAGCGUUUUUAAAGGACGUUUUAGGUCAGGCUGCAAAGUUGAUACAUAUCAAUCCACCCAGUGACAUUUAAUAAAAUUAGAGUAACAAACAGGUUGCAUGUUCGUGCCUACUUCCUAUUGGUGAACCCAUUUUGAUCACCACAUCAUAAAGUUGAAAAAUUUGAUGUACAACUUGGAUCGAGCAUUUCUAAAGCAAUGUCAUGGCUUUUUAUUUUUAUUUUUUUA